AUGGCUGCCAAGAAGAAGCAGAUCCUGGAGAGCCUGCAUUCGCAGGCGGAGUUUGACGAGUUCCUGCAGCGUGAAGGGCUCAAAGUCAUCGAUGCCUACACUGCGUGGUGCGGACCAUGCAAGGCUGCAGAAUCCAUCUUCAAGCGACUGAAGAUUGAUCUUGCUGACGACCUCCUGCACUUUGCCUCUGCCGAGACUGACAAGAUUGAGAAGCUCUCCGAGUACCACGGUACAUCGCGGCCCACGUUCCUCAUCUACGGCGCGGACGUGCUUGUGAAUGCGCUGUUGGGCAUCAACGGACCGCACCUCAGCGACAUGGUCAAGGAGGAGCUGCAAAAAGAGCACGAGGCCCUCGAGUCGGGCGCCGAGCGGCAGGAGUUUGACACGGCGACGCUCGCUGCCUCCCGCCCAUCCUCGUCGCGCCCGCGCACAGCGAAGAGCGAAGAGGCGGCAGCCGCAUCGCACGCAUCCUCUCGCAGGGCAAGCAGCGCAAAGCCCAAGACGUACACGCUGGCCCUCAUCAAACCCACCGCGCUUGCAAACGGCCACGGCGACGCCAUCUUUGCAAAGAUUGCUGAGGCGAACAUCAAGGUUGUGCAGCAGGACGAGGUCACGCUCACGGAGGAGCAGGCAAAGGCAUUUUACGCCGAACACGAGGGCAAGGAGUUUUUCGACAACCUCGUGUCGUUCAUGACAAGCGGGCCCAUCAAGCCGCUGGUGCUCAUGUCGCACGGCGAUGCUGUUGCGGAGUGGCGGCAGCUGAUUGGGCCGACCAGCGUCGAGACGGCCAAGGAGGAGGCACCCGACUCCAUCCGCGCGCUGUACGGGACAGACAACACCGCCAACGCCGCGCACGGCUCAGACUCAAAGCUCUCCGCAUACAGGGAGAUUGAGUUCUUCUUCCCAGACUGGGCGAUGGAGAACCUUGUGCCUGAUCGCGUUGUGCUGCUUGUUGCGCCGGACGCCGUGGAGCGCAAGGACGACAUCAUCGCAGACAUCACUGGCGCAGGUUUUGCCGUUGCCGCCGAUAAGGAGCUGACGCUGACGGAGGAGCAGUGCGUCAACUGCUUUGAAGACUUGAGUGACGAGCUCAAAGAACACCUCACAGGCGCGGCGUCUGUUGUGCUGUCGCUGACACGGGUGCGUGGGUACGAUCUUUUCCCGGCCCUCGUCGGCGUUGGCGACCUCGACGCCCUCAAGCAGGACAACCCAGAAUGCCUGCGUGCCAAGUACGGCACAGACGCGGUGAAGUUUGGCGUGUGGCAUCCGUCUGGGGAGGAGGAGAACGACAAGGUGGCGGCGCUGCUGCUGGACGAACCAGACGAGCUGGAGGUGGUGGACCCGCACCUGCAGGGCGAGCACCCGGAGAAGGCAGAAGGUGGUGAGGAAGGCGGUGAGGAGGGUGGUGAAGAAGGUGGUGCGGAGGGUGAGAAGGGUGAGGAGGGUGAGGAGGGUGAGGAGGGUGAGAAGAAGGAAGGGGAAGGCGCUGAGGAAAAAGAGAAGAAGGAAGGCGAACAGCAGAAGGAAGGUGAACAGCAGAAGGAAGGUGAGGGUGAAGCGACAGAAGCACCAAAGGCUGACGGUGCCGAACAGACAUCUGAAGCCAGUGCUGGCGGAGGCGACGAUGACAAGAAGGCGGAAGGGGAGAGCGCAGAGGGUCAGGAUGCCGCUGCCGCUGAUGGCGAUGGUGGCGAUGGUGAGGCCACAACGACGGAGGAGGCGGAGAAGAAGGAAGGUGAAGAGGAGAGCGACAAGCCAGCAGAGGCUGAGGGCGAAAACAAGAAGGACAGCGAGGAGGAGAAGACAGAGGGCGAGGCAGCCAAGACGGCUGACGACGCCGAUGGCGCUGAUGCUGAUGCAACAGCGACAGCAGAAGCGUCAGAGGGCGCAGACGCAGACAAGCCCGCCGAGAAAGAGGCAAAGCAAGGAGUGGAAGGUGUCACAAACGACGACUCAACCACAGACAACUAA